CAGACCUGGGCGGCCCAAUCACAUGAUUCACAUGUCACGUCCGGUUAUGUCACUCGCCCCGCUCGCCCCGCUCGCCGCGACGCCAACAUUUCCCAGCUGAUUGUGUUGUGACUUGUGAGAGCAACCAAGCCGACUGCCGAUUGCCGAAGUGCCGACUGCCGAUUUCCGGCGAGAACGGUGGAGAACGGCCUCACGCGCGCCGCACGCGCAUCUCUAACCUCCAACCAGUCCAACCACUCCAACCUCCAAGUAACCUUCCCCAGCACCAACUCGGUGCGGUCCAUCUGUUCUCUAGUAGAAUCUCAUAUAAAUGGGCGUGAUUGUGGUACGUUUAUCGUAAUUUAAUUAUGUGGCAUGAAUUCGUCCGCCGUCCUGGUGUCUCUGUGCGUUAUUCGCAUCGAGACUUGUGACUCGGAGCUGGAAGAAACCACCAGCACCAUGGCUGCAAAGAAGACGAGAGGUUGCAGAGAACCAAGGGAUAUCAACGUCGAGACUUAUACAAACCUGGCGGAAACCACAUCCGCGUUACUGUCCAGUCAGAGCACAAGCAAGCCACAUUCGUUCUCGAGAGCCAAUUCCGAAGAGACGUCCUUUGCCAAUUCCAAUCAUGUCGCGAGUUCUGCUCCGGGAGAGAUAACCGGUGCCGCCGCUUGCACCUCACCAGAUCAAAUCAGUUUUAUCUCUGGAAACCCCUUUGUCGAAGUUACCAAGGGCAUCCUUCAUCUCUUCAAGGAAGAUGAACUGACUGAAAUGCGCUGCGCUGCGGAUCGCAGCCACACCAUCUGCAUCCUGUCGGUACCGGCGACAAUGACUUGCCACGAUCUUUUGACUUUCACCGCAGCUUGCCAUCAGGACAUACAAUACUUUCGAAUCCUCAGAGACGGCAGCCCCAACCAGUACAUGGCCCUGAUCACCUUCAGGUCGUCGAGCGCGGCGAGCGAGUUUUACGAAACCUUCAAUGGUGCUCCCUACAACUCUCUCGAACCAGAUGUGGUUUGUCACAUGGUGUUUGUAUCCCGAGUCGAAGUAGGGGACAAUGGAAUGCCUCUGAGCGGGCAUACAGAGUUGCCAUCGUGUCCCGUCUGUCUCGAAAGAAUGGACGAGAGUGUCGAUGGAAUCCUGACGAUACUGUGCAACCACACGUUCCACUCCAGUUGCCUCGUCAAAUGGGGCGACACAUCCUGUCCGAUCUGUCGAUACGCCCAAACGCCAGAGCCACUGGCGGACAGUCGUUGCAUGGAAUGUGUUGCAGAUACUAGCAACGAUGCACUGUGGAUUUGCUUGAUCUGCGGCCACGUAGGCUGCUCGCGUUAUCAUCAGGGUCAUGCGUUCGAACACUACCGGGACACGCACCAUUGCUACGCUAUGCAGUUGGGCAACAAUCGCGUCUGGGAUUACGUAGGUGACAAUUUUGUGCAUCGGCUACUGCAGGACAAAGAUGGUAAGAUGGUGGAAGGUGGUCACUCGGCGAUCAAGAGCGAGGGGGCCGCUGUAGAGGACAAGGUAGAUUCGGUACAGUUAGAGUUUACGUAUUUGCUAACGUCACAGUUGGAGACGCAACGACAAUACUAUGAGGAGAGACUCAGCCGCUCGGAGCAACGUUCCAUGACAGAGAUUACUGAGCUGAGGGAUAAAUUUGAACAAGUGCUCGAGGAAAACUCACAAUUCAAGAAACAAUUCGCGACGUUCAACCGUGACAAGCAGAUGCUGGAUAAGCGUCUGCAGCAUUCCACCAAUAAAUUGGCACAAAUACAAACGGAAUUGACGGAGGAAAAAGAUUUACGAAGGGCCCUACAAUUGAACCAGACUUCCUGGCAGACGAAAUGCGAGAAAUUACAAGAUGAAUUGUCUACCAAAGAAGCAGAGAUCACCGACUUGAAGGAGCAAAACCGGGAUCUCAUGUUUUUCCUCGAGGCUCAAAAACAAAUCGACGAGUCCGCCGAUCGAAGUGAAAUUGCCGCCGGACGUAUCGUUAUUCCUCCAAGCCCUAAAGACGGGAAACCGUCGGGGACGUCUCGAUCUCGGGGACAGAAAAAUCAAAAGAGGCCAAAUUAAUUUUCUCCGACCUGUGUCGCCUUCUUUUCAACUACGUUUCGCAAUUCUUCGUCAGUAUGCAAAUGUAAUAUUUCGAAUAUCACACGAUAGCAGCAACGAUUAUAACUCGAGGAGAAGGAAAAACGCUAUACAUAUGUAACAAGGACGGCACUGCAGUUACUUUUUAUUACAGUUUUUGUGUGAGGAAGAAAUAAUAUACUAUUUUGCUAUAA